UUUAUUUGUGUGGUGCUAAUGGGCUUUUUAAGCUGCAGGUAAGAAAUUAAUUUGUCAGUUGGCAGUACAUAUGACAAUCACUCGACUCUCGAGGUAGUUUUAAAGAAUUUCUUCAUGGAGAGGGAAGGAACUCCAGUUUGGAAACUACGCAGCUAAAUACAGGGUCAUUAAUGGGUUAAUUGAUUAAAUUUGAAGAUGUACCUAAAAUCAGAGUGCAGACAUCUCAGAUGUUUAUAGGGCUGCAAGGGGUAGAGAGAAUGAGCAAAGUAGGAACUUGAAAAUAACAAUUUUAAAUCUGUGGAAUUUUACCUUGAUCAAUAAAAGAGACAGUGUUAUACCAAUCAGCUGUGGAGGGUUGCACUAACCUGAUGAUUUCACUUAGCUACUACAAUUUCUGUACCAAUGAACGACUGCAAAGAGUGUCCUUUUAGUUGCCGACUUCAAAUAAAUACACUCCUCACUGUGGCAUCAUUUUAAACAUAGUUGCAUCGUGACGAAUUCCUCUCCAAGAUGCAGAGUACAGGGGUUGGGACUUUCAGCUGGCUAUACUUGCUGCUGAUAUUACAGUCUUCUCCCUCUUUCUCCCAGAGAUCAGAAUGCAUUAAGCUGAAUUCCUGCAAAUGCAUAAUGAAGGAUGGAUCAGGAGUAAUUAAUCUAGCAGCAGUGGGUGACGAUAAUGGAUUUCUGGCAAGGGAUAAAUCUCUUACAACUAGUUCGCCUGGGGAUUCUGAUCUUAAUAUUCUUUACUCAUUUAGCCCUUGUCGUCCAUUUAGUGAACCUUUCAUGUUUGCUUCUGACUGUUCGGAUGUGGCUGUUUGCCUGAUCUUCAGAUACCAAGCCCAAGGGAGAGAGAAUGUGAAUUUUCACAACUAUGGGAGGCACAAGCUGAAUGAGUUCAAUUAUGAUAACAAGUCAAAAAUUCUCACUGUCACCUAUUCAGCAUCACCCAGCAGUUCACGGCAGACAGUGGUUCGAUACAUUUGCAGCUCCAGUCGCUCAGUGACUCCCUCUCAAGAACCAGAGAAUCCCGAUGUGUUAUGGAUUUCUAUCGAUAGCCCUUGUGCCUGCCCCAACAGCUGCAAGCCUACCGAUGUGGGUCCAGGAACCAUCAUCUUAGUGGUGUUCAGCAUAACUAUUACAGCCUACUUCUUGUUUGGCUUGUGUGCAUUCGAUCCAGUCAGAACUCCGAAUGGCAUCGAAAUUAUUCCCAAGGAAAACAUCUGGUUAAGCUUGUGCUUUGCGUGUGUGAAAAGAAGAAAGAGCACAAGACAGAGACAUAACCGAUUAAGCAAUAUACCAGAUUAGCUUCUUUUGAUCUGCAAUACACACACACACAGUAUUUGCUGCAAAACAUUCAGAUUUCAUUUUUCCUUCCUUAUUCAGAUCGAAUGUAUUUAAAAUGUGGUGUUAUUUUAUAGAAAUUAGCUCAACAGCUUUGAAAGGCAAACUAAAGCAUAUUUCCCCAUAGAUUUAAAGCAAAAUAACUCAUGAUGGUGCAUCAAUUAUUUCCAAAAUCUUUGUGCUGAGGUUCUGGCAAAUGGUUUCCGGGGACUUCUUGUUAAAACCAACACUUUGGGAGUUAAACAUUUUAACACGAGGUUGGGAGUAGAAUAUUUAUUGCUUAUGAAUUCACAAAUCAAUGAUAGAAAUUCAUCCAAUGUGUUGUAAGAAUUUGAGAGUACAAUUACUAUUUUAAUCAAUUGAUGAUCCAGAACCCUGAAUGAAUGACCCAGUGAAUACAUUCAAAAAAUGGCUGUUCAGGAAUUUUUAUUUUCAAAUUCAUAUUAUUUCUACAAUCCUUUGAAAUGUUACUGGAUGGGCAAGAUCUUUGAAGGAUUACAAAUUGGCUAGCUUUACUGUAGCUUUAUAGUGUGGUCAUGGCACACUGAAUGUGCUCUAAAGCUGUAAUAUUCUAUGAUAUGUUUGGAGCUUCUUAAAAACUUUUGAAAGUAUUCACUGUCUAGUUAUUUGUUGAACACUAUCAGUGCCUCAAAGGGUUGAAUGUAUAACCUGAUAUGUUCAAAGCUAUACUUUAAGGAAUCAACUCCCUCAUGUAUGCUGAAUUUGCCAUUUGCAGACAAUGUUAUGAGCUAACAACUGUCAUUAAGUUUCAAAAAUACGGAAAUAGUUGGAGUUAGUGUAGGAACCUCUCCAAGGUCCUCUGUUGUUACGAUGGUAACAAGUGACCUGUGAUGCCAUCCAGCAGAUGAGCAUACU